UAGCUAAGCUAACGCCUCCAGAGCUACGCCUCUUCUAACGAGAUGCUCCCCGACAGGGUUUAAACCCGUUUGGUGAAAUCACAGGCCGUUGUGAUGUCGGAACCCAAACCUCCCACUCCUACUACACCAACCCCUGAAGACUCGUACGAGGGUUGGCUCUUCAAAUGGACUAACUACAUAAAAGGUUACCAGAGACGGUGGUUUGUUCUCAGCAAUGGAUUGCUAUCUUACUACAGAUCUCAGGCUGAGAUGGGUCACACUUGCAGAGGCACGAUUAAUUUGGCCACUGCCAACAUUGCUGUGGAGGACUCGUGCAAUUUUGUCAUUUCUAAUGGAGGGGCACAGACUUACCACCUGAAGGCCAACUCUGAAAUUGAGCGCCAGCGAUGGAUCACUGCACUGGAACUUGCUAAGGCAAAAGCUGUUAGCAUGCAGGAGGAAUCUGAUGACUCUGGUGAUGAGUUCUGUGUAGUCGUCCCUGUUUCAGGACAGGGCGGUGGCUCUGAUAUAUCAGAAGUUCAGUCUACAUUGCGCACCCUGAGCAGCAAGGUGGAGGACCUUACCACCUGCAAUGAUCUAAUUGUUAAACAUGGCUCUGCUCUCCAAAGGUCUUUAUCAGAGCUGGAGGGUGUGCGUAUUGGAACGGACAUGGGGGAAAAGAUCAGACAAGUCACAGAAAGGGCCACACUUUUCCGAAUCACCUCUAAUGCCAUGAUAAAUAGUUGUAGAGACUUCCUCUCCAUAGCCCAGAGCCACAGUAAGCGCUGGCAGAAGGCCUUGCAUACUGAGAGGGACCAAAGGAUUCGUCUGGAGGAGACUCUGGAACAACUAGCCAAACAGCACAACCACUUGGAGAGGGCCUUCAGAGGGGCUACAGUUUUGCCAUCUUCCUUGAGCAAUCCCAACUUAAACAUUAAAAGUGGUGUCUCAGUAAAAGGCGAUGCCAGUGACGAGGACGAUGACAAUGAGUUCUUUGAUGCAAUGGAAGACCCGACAGGAUUCAUCACUGUUCCUGCUGACCCCAAGUACCAUAGGAGAUCUGGCAGUAAUGUCAGUGGGCUAAGCAGUGAAAUGGGAAUGGACGAUCAGUCGUUUGAUGAACUCUCCUUGGCAUCCAAUUCAGAGUCUUUGCCUCCAGUUGAGCUGGAGCCAGUCAGGCAAAGAAGGACUCGUAUUCCUGACAAACCCAACUACUACCUUAAUUUGUGGAGCAUCAUGAAGAAUUGCAUUGGAAAAGAGCUCUCAAAGAUACCAAUGCCUGUAAAUUUCAAUGAGCCACUGUCGAUGCUUCAGCGUCUUUCUGAAGAUCUUGAAUACCACGAGCUCUUGGAUAAAGCUGCAAAGUGUCAUAACUCCUUAGAGCAGAUGUGUUAUGUGGCAGCCUUUACCGUCUCUUCCUACUCCACCACAGUCCACCGCACAGGAAAGCCUUUCAAUCCCUUAUUGGGGGAAACCUUUGAGCUUGAUCGGAUCAAAGAGUCUGGUUAUCGCUCACUUUGCGAACAGGUCAGUCACCACCCUCCAGCUGCAGCUCACCAUGCCUUCUCUGAAAAGGGCUGGACGCUUAGACAGGAGAUAAUGCUGGCAAGCAAAUUCAGAGGAAAAUAUCUUUCAAUCAUGCCUUUGGGUUCUAUCCAGUGUAUAUUUGAUAAGAGCAACAACCACUACUCUUGGAAAAAAGUUACUACGACCGUACACAACAUUAUAGUUGGCAAAUUAUGGAUAGAUCAGUCAGGGGAGAUAGAUGUGGUGAACCACACUACAGGAGAUCGCUGUCACCUCAAGUUUGCUCCCUAUAGCUACUUCUCUAGAGAUGUUCCAAGGAAGGUGACUGGAGUUGUGACAGAUAAGGAUGGGAAGGCUCAUUACGUGCUGUCAGGAACAUGGGAUGAGAAGAUGGAGUUUUCUAGGAUAAUGCAAAGCAGUAAAGGCGAGAAUGGCACCGAAGGCAAACAGAGGACCGUUUACCAAACCCUCAAACCAAAAGAAAUCUGGAGAAAGAACCCUUUACCUGAGGGAGCAGAAAACAUGUACUUUUUCUCCUCCCUUGCGUUGACACUCAAUGAACCUGAGGAGGGGGUGGCUCCAACAGACAGCCGGCGACGUCCGGACCAGAGGUUGAUGGAAGAAGGCCACUGGGAUGAAGCUAACGCUGAGAAACAAAGGCUGGAAGAAAAACAGCGCUCUACUCGACGUGAAAGGGAAAGAGAUGCUGCUAAAGCAGCCACCACACCUGAAGAAGCUCAUGCACAUGACACCAGCACCACAAGUGAGGUUUCUGAUGAAACUGAUGCAGAGGACUCUCCUCCUCUUACACCGGUUGCAUCCCCUUAUGGACCAUCAGUCCCCCCUUACCCAAUGGAAGUCAAGGAAGGUCUUUGUGGAGCCCCUGCUAAAAGUGUCCAUCCAGAUAACUACCAAGCACUGUGGUUCGAGAAGAUUCAUGACCCGGUGUCUGGAGAGACCUUGCACGUGUACAAGGGAGGUUACUGGGAAGCUAAGGAACAAGGAGACUGGGAAUUGUGCCCUGACAUCUUCUGAUUACAGCUUUCUGAUAUCUGUAGCCUCAGGAUCACAGUGUUAUGGACUUCUUUCUCAGAGCAGGUUCUUGCUCAUGUGGCAUUGUAAUUGUUUUGCUGCUGGUUGCGUUGCAUUCCUUUAGCCUCAUAAGUAAAAUCUGGGAAUGAUGUCACCCCCAACUCAACAACCUCCAGGUGCGAAUGAGAAAACCCGUAAGGUAUGUUUGGUGUACUUUGCAACUGGUAGAAAUCAUCAUCAUCAACACAAGGACAUGAGAACACAGAAAAUACUGUAUGUAUUUUUCUCUUUGAAAUAUGGCAUUCUGAAACAAGGUGGAAUAAAUUGACAAAGAAGUAAA